UCAAAAGGGGUGGCUCUGGUUUCCGGGCGACACCGAAGGUCAGAACCUUCCUGUUUUGGCGCCAAUUUCUUCCGAACAGAGAACAAAAGGAAGAUGGCCUGGGCGAUGGUGUCGAUUCCUUCAUCUGGCUUCACAUGCAGAGGUUCGAAAGAGAGCUUCCUCCAAACUCCUAAUUUCAAAACUCGCCUUCCUUCCCUACUUCCUCCAUUUUGGCCGUGGGAAAAGGUAAAAAUUGGACCGUUAUCUGUUUCUCCAAUGGGGUUUGGAACUUGGGCAUGGGGAAACCAGCUCCUUUGGGGUUAUCAGGAAGCCAUGGACCAGGCACUGCAAGAUACGUUUGACUUGGCAAUUAGUAAAGGGAUAAAUCUUUUCGAUACAGCCGAUUCUUACGGAACUGGCCGACUUAAUGGGCAAAGUGAAAAGCUUCUCGGUAGAUUUAUCAAAGAAGGACCAAAGGCUGCAAGGGAAAAUAUUGUCAUCGCUUCAAAAUUUGCUGCAUAUCCUUGGAGGCUCACUCCUGGACAGUUUGUGGAUGCUUGCAAGUCUUCUUUAGGACGGUUGCAAAUUGAGCAGAUUGGAAUAGGGCAAUUGCAUUGGUCAACUGCAAACUAUGCUCCUUUUCAGGAGUUAGCUCUUUGGGAUGGUCUAGUAGCAAUGUACGAGAAGGGCUUAGUCCGUGCAGUUGGUGUAAGCAAUUAUGGGCCAAAACAGCUCCUUAAAAUUCACGACUAUCUGAAGGCCCGAGGUGUUCCACUAUGCUCAGCCCAGGUACAAUUUUCUUUAUUGAGUAUGGGAGAUAGCCAAAUGGAGCUGAAAGAUAUAUGUGAUUCUCUUGGCAUCCGCUUGAUUUCAUACAGUCCUCUUGGACUGGGAAUGCUUACUGGGAAAUAUACAGCAGCGAAUCUUCCAGCUGGACCAAGGGCUUUACUUUUCAGGCAGAUUCUUCCAGGGUUAAGGCCCUUGCUUAGUGCAUUAGAAGAAAUUGCCCAGAAGAGAGGCAAAACGAUACCCCAGGUUGCGAUAAACUGGUGUAUAUGCAAAGGCACUGUUCCCAUACCAGGGGUUAAAUCAGUUAGUCAAGCUGAGGACAAUCUUGGUGCCCUUGGCUGGCGUCUCUCCUCAGAUGAGAUUUUCCAGUUGGAAGCUGCAGCAAAGGAGUCACCACGUAUGAUGAUCCAGAAUGUUUUUCAAACUAGGUGAGAUAUAGGAUGAGAUGUUCAAGUGUUGUAGUAUACUGUUUGCUAAUAUUUCUGUUUUAUUAUCAAGCCAAUUAAUGCUUUUCAUGGCCUUGUUAUUGCUCUUUAUGUGCCCUUUAUUUAUUAGCAAUACAUGUCAAGGACUCUCUAUGUGCCCCUUAUUUAUGUGUUUAUAAAAUGGGUAUUUUGAUGAGGAUCA